AUGGAAGGCGGACAAACUAGUCAAGCGACCCCUACUAGACUCGGAAUUAACAGAAAACGGCAAGAGGGGAAUCCAGUAUUGAAGUAUGUCAGAAAUGUACCCUUCGAAUGGGCGGACAUCAAAGCAGAUUUUGAAUCUGGGAAGGAACUGGGUAUUCUCUACCUUAGUUUGAAGUGGCACAAGUUGCAUCCAAGUUAUAUUGAAACCCGCCUGGACUCUGAUGGAGCCGGUUAUCGUAUCAAAGUACUUCUUGUUCUUGUGAAUGUUGAGCCUCGACAUCUCCUACGCGAACUAAAUUUGUUUUGCUGCCGUACAGGAUGGACUCUUGUUCUGUGCUAUUCCGUUGAGGAAGCUGCUGAGUAUUUGGAAAGUUUCCACAUGAGUAGAAAUAAGGAUGAAAAAGCUGCUAUACAGGCUAAUGCUACGGACGGGAACAUUAAGGCUGUAGUUGAAAUUCUUUCUUCGAUAAGAGCUGUAUCUACCUCUGAUGCUCAACGUUUGAUUGGUACCUUUGGAAGUUUGAAAGCAAUUGCAAAUGCUGACGUCGAGACACUUCUCCUUUGCCCUGGUCUGGGGAAUGUGAAAGCCGAAAAUGUUUACAAGUUUUUUCGAACUUUUUUUCGGAAAUAG